CGCUCGUUUCUGGCUCGUUCCGUCGGUCGGUCCCCCUCAAUCAAAGUGCGGCCAGUCGUGUCGGCUUCUAAAUCUUUUCCCCCAUCGCACUAAUUGUUCCGAAGCUUCACACAUUUUACUGGUGUCGUUGCGCUCGAUUCGACGCUUAUCGCGCCGUUCUUCGCAAAUUUUUUGAUACUAGAUAGAAUGGCUAUGAUCGCCGAAUCCUAUCCGCCCGGCCCAGGCAUCAUCUGUCAACGAUAUGUGCUCAGUGACAACCAGCUAUCCGAGACGUUCGACCUUCUUGACAUCGACAAGGAUGGCCGACUGUCACGCAAUGAAAUUGCGGCCCUGCUGCGAACGGUGAAGGUGGAACCGACUCGUGUCGAACUCGAUUUCAUUUUCAAGGAAAUGGACACGGAUGAGUCUGGAAAAAUCUGCAAAGAAGAGUUUGUUCGAUACAUGCGAUGUCCUCCAGUGCAUCGCACCACCCUCAAAGAACUCGAAACACAAUUUCACAACUUCGAUUCUGACGGCGAUGGUUCCAUAACCGAAGAGGAAAUGGCUCAAGUUCUGAAGGAAACCACCGAUCUGAAUGAUGCGCAAGUGAUCCACGAAAUGUUCUCUGCCACCGACACCAACGGCGAUGGUCGAAUCAGUUUCGUCGAGUUUGUGAAGAUGAUGCAAGAAUGAGCUUCACUGCCUUUGCGACAGAAAUCUUUGGAAAAAUCAGAUCUUUUCAUUUUUCCUUUAUCAUUCGCCAUUCCCAAUAUUUGUGUAGACGCUUCUAAUUUUACCGUUAGGAGCAUGUCUGUUUCUGUACAUUUUUUACCUUAUACAGUGAAAUACUUAUUGUUGUUCUUUCCUAGCCGAUCGUUGUCUAUCCAAGAAUUUUUUUCCUGAACGGCACAAAGUGCUUUUUUUGAAUAUUGAUAUAUUUCAUUUCCCUUCUAUUUAGAUUUAGAUAUUGAUAUUUCAAUAAAGAUCUGC